UAUGAAAUGAGAGAGAUUAUUUAAAAAUAAAACUAAUUUCAAACCUUUGAAUACUUGGCUAUAAAACAGUUUAAACUCAAAUUGCUAAUAAAUAAGCCCUCAAAGAAGACUGAAAUCAGAAAACAAGUUAAGGUUUUAGCAAGUCUGCCAUGCUGGCGCCUCUUCUUCUCCCCCUGCUCCUAGUAGCUGGAAGUGACGUCACAGGAGAGGUGAUGGACAAGCCCAACUUUGUCCUCAUGAUGGUGGAUGACCUGGGGAUUGGGGAUAUAGGUUGUUAUGGCAAUGAUACCAUCAGGACCCCUAACAUCGACAGACUGGCAUCGGAGGGGGUAAAGCUGACUCAGCACAUUGCUGCUGCUCCUCUCUGCUCCCCGAGCCGGGCUGCUUUCAUGACCGGUCGUUACGCAAUCCGCUCAGGGAUGGUAGGCGUGGGGCGUGUGCAGGUGUUGAUGUUUCUUGGAGGUUCAGGGGGACUUCCACCCGGCGAGACCACCUUUGCAAAGAGGCUGCAGCACCAAGGAUACACUACUGGUCUUAUAGGCAAAUGGCACUUGGGUUUGAACUGUGAGCACAGAGGGGAUCACUGCCAUCACCCGAACCAGCAUGGCUUCAGCUACUUCUAUGGCCUCCCAUUUACUCUGUUUAAUGACUGUGGGUUGGGUAAGGGCAGCGAGCUGCUGGUGGAUAUACAACGUUCACUCCAGAAUUUGACCGUGCUGCUCGGACUUGGCCUUCUGACAACAUUGUUUGUUCGUGUUGUUGGCCUCCUCCAAGUCAGACUUUGGCUCCUGGUGCUGCUCUUCCUUCUCAGCGUGGCAGCAGCCGCCGUCUGGGUUGUUCCUUUUAAGCUGGUGCACGUCUGGAACUGCAUCAUUAUGAGGAACCAGGAUGUGAUCGAACAGCCCAUGACGUUGGACACGCUGCCCGAGAGACUGCUGGGGGAAGCACAGGAUUUUAUAAAGAGGAAUGCUGAUCAGCCGUUCCUGCUCUUUUUCUCCUUGGCUCACGUCCACUCGCCRCUGUUCAAAACGCCGGCGUUUGCUGGCAAGAGUCGCCGUGGUCGCUAUGGUGACAACAUGGAGGAAGUGGACUGGAUGAUUGGUAAGRUAACAGAGACGGUGGAUUCCCUCGGACUAGCCAACAACACCCUCAUCUAUUUCACAUCAGACCAUGGUGGRCACAUAGAGAGUGGCCCGACCGGCAGCUGGAAUGGUAUAUAUAAAGGUGGGAAGGCCAUGGGGGGCUGGGAAGGGGGGAUCAGAGUACCUGGUAUUAUUCGUUGGCCUGGCAGACUGGCAGCGGGGAAGGUGGUGGAUGAACUCACAAGUCUGAUGGAUCUCUACCCCACACUGAAAUAUUUAGCCAAGGACACACAACCAGACCGACAUUCAGACGGCUUUAACCUCAUGCCACUGUUAGAGGGAAAAGCAGAGCGUUCAGAACAUGAGUUUAUGUUCCACUACUGUGGUGCCCAUCUGACUGCAGUUCGCUGGCACCCACCCUACAGUGACUCCAUCUUUAAGGUGCACUUUUUCACUCCUAAUUUCUUUCCACCGGGAGCUGGCGGAUGCUACGACACCAAGGUGUGCCUGUGUCACGGAGAAUACGUGACACGUCACGACCCACCGCUGCUGUAUGACCUUUACCAUGACCCCUCAGAGUCCCGCCCACUGAGUCCUGAGACCGAGCCUCGAUAUGCAGAAAUCCUCGAGCGGACCACUGAGGCUGUGGAGAGACAUGAAGACACUCUUAAACAAGUGGAGACAUCUGAUGAGGGACAGUUGCAGACCAGCUCUGACACCAGCGGAGUUCAAAACCAAAUGACUUGGGAAAAGAUUUUGUGGAGACCCUGGCUGCAGCCCUGCUGUGGGACGUUUCCUUUUUGUGGGUGCAAAGAAAACACAAAGCAAUUUUAAGACAAAAAAACUCUUUCCGAUUAGGUUUGAUGGAAGUGUUUUUAAAAGAUGAGAUAGUGUCUGUCCACAAUGCAGAAAGUGUUUAGAAAUCAUUUGGAUUUAGAGUAUAUUUCAUGUUGAUCAGGUGGCAGGACUCCAGGGUUCAAUUAGAAUUUAAAAAAUCUGUUGUGAAAACAAUUGGCACUUGUGUUUGUUGAUUGAAAACAUUCUGCAAAGUAUAUUUUUG